UAAACCUAUAUCAUUUCUGUUAUUUACAGAUCCAACCACCUUAUACCCACCCAAACCCACAAAAUUCGGACAAUCCAGUUGAAAUCGGAUCUCUCCUUUAACUACCCAACUUUUCGAAUUCCUUCAUUCACGACUCCACUCUCCCUCGUUCAAUUCCCGUUAAUUAUUCUUCUCCCUCAAGUGCAACUAAGGAUAACUCGAUUCUGGAAUCAUAAUGGUUCGUACAAAGAACCCAAGCUAUGUGGAAAAAUCGAAUCCCCCAGCAGAUCUCGAAGAAGAAGCAACUCGUGGAGAUGAAUCAGAACGUGAUUCCGAUAAAACGGACUCAAUUGAGAAGUCAAAUGAUAAGGAUUCAUCGGAAUCUGAGGAUGAAUCCGAUGUAAUGCAACCUUUGAGUAUGUACUUUGAUUACUCCCAGUAUACGAAGCCUUUCAAGAUGUCUGGAAAGUGUUAUAUUUCAGAGGCGGUAAACUUAUUAGGCGGUCAUCUUAAGGAAGAGGAGUUGGAUUGGUUCUUAGGGCACCCACAGUUCAAGCAUUUCUUCCAUAUGCCUAAGGAUUCGAAUCAUAAGUUGAUGGGUAUGUGGAUGUUGUUGCUUCGCACAGCGCAUUUGGAGAAGAAAAAUGAAUGCUGGUUCAUUGUUAAUGGGACUCCCAUCCGGUAUUCUCUCCGAGAAAUGGCAAUCAUUUCUGGGUUAUAUUGCCAUCAGUAUCCAAAAUUCAAGGAUGGUUUGGGCAGUUUAAAUUUUGCUCGGAAGCAAUUUAAAGGUGGACAAAUAAUACAAUAUGGAGAUGUCAAAGCGAAGCUACUUUCGAUGAAGAAACUUUCAGAGGAUCGUUUGAAGAUGGCCGUACUGUAUUUUUUAUCUAGCGUCAUCAUAGGGAAGAAAAAGGGUGGAAAGAAUGCACCCUCUGUGGAGCCUUUCUUUCUUAGAGCUGUGGAUGAUCUUGAUUUGUGUAGAACAUUCCCUUGGGGUCGAAUGGCAUUUGAUGAGAACAUGAAAGACAUCUUUCAUUUGAUGGGACACUUUGGUGGAGUUGUGGGUCCACAGUGGGUCUUUCCUAGUUUCAUCAUUCCUUUGGAGCUUCUUGCGUUUGAAGCAAUUCCUGUGCUAAAGAACACCUUCCGAGAAGACGUUUCUGAUUCACAUGCACACCGUAACUGUCCUCGGAUGUGCAAGAUGAAGUUUAAAGCAAGUAAGAAGAAAGGUUUUUCUUUGAAAGAAAUAUAUGACCAACUUGGUACAACUAAGGAGAUUGAUAGUAUGUUAACUCCAACUCCUCGGGAGGCACGCCUUUUAGCCAUGAUCAUAGAUGAGGAUGGUGGCUGUGAUGAUGCGGAUGAUCCAGUUGCUGAUGGUUGGAGCAAACGUUUAAUUGAAAAGCACAAGUCAAUUUGGUUUGAAGAGCUUCACAACCUAGAUGUGGCCGCCCGAUCAUUUGAGGCAAAUCCGGUGAUUGAGAAUGUGGAUCCGGAUGAUGUGGAUCCGAAUGAUGUGGCUAAGGAUGAUGCGAAUUCGGAGAAUGAUAUGGUAGGAGGUAGCUUGAUUCAGCUAAGAGCUAGCUUGAUUCAGCUAGAAGAUCUGGUGAAGAAGGGGUUUAAGGAAAUCAACGAAAAAUUUGAUGACAUGGAUGCUAGGAUCAAAUCGGUGGAAACAUAUGUGAACUGGGAAAGAAAUGGAGAAGGAGUUUUUCCAAGCGAGGAAUUUGGUGCAAAUGAGUGUGACGGAGUUGGUGCAAAUGAGGCUAUAGAGGAGGAGGAUGCCGAGAAGGAGAAGGCAGUAUGUGAACUCUUUGUGUGUUUAAGCAGACAAAAUAACACACAAGAACAAGACAAAUUACCGGCAAUCGUCAAAUGGAACCAGACAAACGAUCCUUAG